AUGCCAAGUGCUAGAGCGGUGAGGCAGUGGGAGAUCAGGCCCACGUCUGCUCUGCGGGGGAUCAGACACACCCGAGCCCUGAUGUGGCAGCAGAUACGGGGGCUGGCCCGGGCCUGCCGGCACGGUGUGGGGUACCGGGUGAACUACAAUGACCCCAACCGCGAGGAGCAGGAGAUGGUGUGCCUUGAGCCCAUGGGAUCAGAGCGGAUGGAGAUGCGAAAGAGGCAGAUGUCGGUGCAGCAGGAGUCGGCAGCGGGGGGAACUGCACCGGCUCAGCAGGGCCAGCCGGGCCAGGCCAAUCCACGGGCCUCAAAUGCUUGUUGCUUCUGCUGGUGUUGCUGCUGUAGCUGCUCUUGGAAUGAAGACCGGGAUGACAGGAACCGCAAAGCAUCUUUUGACGUCAAGGAAGGGACCUCAGACUGUGAAGACUGCCCUAAGCCCACGUUGGAAGAGGUGCGCUCGUGGGGACAGUCGUUUGACAAGCUGAUGUGCUGCCCAGCGGGGAGGAACUCCUUCAGACAGUUCCUUCGCACCGAGUUCAGCGAGGAGAACAUGCUCUUCUGGUUGGCCUGCGAGGAGUUCAGCAAGGAGGCCAACAAGAGCACGGUAGAGGAGAAAGCUCGGGUCAUCUACGAGGACUACAUCUCUAUUCUCUCACCUAAAGAGGUGAGCCUUGACUCUCGUGUGCGCGAGUCCAUCAAUAGGAACAUGCUGGAGCCCAACUUGCACACGUUCGACGACGCCCAGCUGCAGAUCUACACACUAAUGCAAAGAGACUCGUACCCCCGCUACAUGAACUCCUCGGCCUACAAAAACCUGCUCAACACUCUGUCAGAGCAGUCCCCCGAAUCAUAAGGUGAUGACGACCUGUGAUCUUUUAACUCUCUUUACCCCCGACCCCACCUAAUCCGUCCCCUCUUUUUUUUUUUUUUUAUUUACUUUGUAUGUUCAGUGUAGGAUUACAUGAACCGGGCCUCAGGCCUGGCCCCCUCCCAGGGAUCUCAGCUCCGUUGUGAUCUGCACCUGACCGAAGACACUCAGGUCUCAAAAUCUCCCGAGGGCUUGAAAUCACAAGUACUGCUACGGAUCAACAUAACAAAACACUCCAAAGGAAUAUGAAUACGUUUCUGUUUUCUUUUUCUUUCUUUUGAUAGAAAUGAUCUAUUUUAUUUGUGUUCAGAGUUUUUUAUGGUCUAUUGUUUUUGUAUGUUUGUUUGGGGGGAGGGAAAUGAUUCCUACUGUAGACUAUAUAUAUUUAUGAGUUUGUAAAUAGUAAAAAAAUGGAAUUGUGGGUAUUUUAUGUGGAAACGCCUGGUUCUAUUUACUGCGUAUGAAAAUCAAAGCUCAAGUCAAUGGCUACAUGUUAGCUCUACUUGCAGGCAGCUUUGUGGGGUACUGUAUGAUUUGAUUUACUUUGUUUUCAACCUGUUUUUGUUACCGAACCUCACACUUUGGUACCUGUGACAACAACUUGGCAACUCCAGUUCACGCAGAACCUGUACGUGGUUGAAACGACUGUAAAUGUGGUCAAAGUAACUAAGUGACAGUAGCGCUGUCACGUUGUGCAAUUUGUUUCCUUAAGAAAGUCCAGCUAGCAACAAAAGGCUGUUUUAUCUUUCUUUACUCAAUCUUAUCUACAGAGAAUUGCCUAUUUUUUUUGCUACUCACUGCACACCUCAUACAGUACCACAGUUUUAUCAGAGUGACAUAAGAA